AUGGCUAAGCCACCAGUUUGCACCGGUUUCUCGUGCGAAUCGCUGGCAAAAUCGGCCUGCGAAGGCUCCAAUCCGAGCAAGCUAGAAGGUCUCGUCACGCCGUCGUGGUACGCGCCGUCCGAGACGUCCUCCGCGCCAACCCACCCCACGCCGCUUCGCGUCGCCCUCGCCGCCACGUCCGACGCCUCCGAUUCGUCCGUCGCUUCGACGCUAUCCGCCUCCAAUGGCGACAAUGCUGCUGCCGUUGCGAAACCGUCGCCAGCCGCUGCAGUUAACGCGUCCCCCGCCGCCCGAGGCGCUGCUAGUAGAAUUGUCGCUCCGCGCGCGGUGCCGCGGCCGGUGGUGGUGAGCGCGUACGACGGCGUGCUGGACCCCGACCUGUUCGAGACCGCCGGCGAGUUGGGGCGCGGCGGGUUUGGCACGGUGGUGGCGAUGCGGCGAGUGGAAAGCGGCGAGGUGGUGGCGGUGAAGCGCGUGGCGCGCAAGCAGAUGGCGGCGGCGGCGAACGAGGCGAUGGUGACAGCGUCGGUGAGCGAGUGCCCGGGAGUGCUGGGCGUGCGCGAGGUGCAUCUGGCCGACCACCACGCGUACCUGCUCUCCGACGUCUGCUCUGGCGGCGACCUCCGCGCCCUCCUGCAGCGACGCGCCGCUGCCGCAGCAACCGCCGCCGCGGAGAAAGGCAAGGGCAGGCGGUGGUGGGGGAAGGCGAGCGGCGAAGGCAAGCGGGGAGGGGGAAUGGCGGAGGCGGAGGCGCUGGCAGUGGUGAAGCACGUGGGCGACGCCGUGGCGUUCUGCCACGAGCGAGGCGUGGUGCACUGCGACAUCAAGCCCGACAACAUCCUCUUCGCCUCACCCCCCUCCAACUUGGACCCCCCGCCUUGCCAACCCGCCGCUAGCCCCGCUGCGCCUGCGCACCCCUCUCCUGCUGCCCGCCUCUGCGCGCCCGUCUCCUCGGCGCGCGCCUCCCCCGGGCUGGCGGCGGGGACAGUGCGGCUGGCGGACUUUGGGGUGGCGGAGGGGCAGCGCGCGUGCAGCACUCCCGCAGGCACGCCCGGGUACAUGGCGCCUGAGGUGGAGGCCCUCUGCCACCCUCGCUGCCCGCCCGCCCCUGGCGCCGCGAAGCAGGGAAGAGGAGCCGCGGCGAGAGCAGCAGGGGGAGAGGCAGAGGCAGGCGGGUAUGGGCGCGCAGCAGACGUGUGGUCGCUGGGGGUGACGCUGUUCGAGAUGAUCGCAGGCGAGCGGCCGUACGCGGGGGAGGCGCCUCAGCAGGGCGAGUGGCGCGCGCGCAUGGAGGGGGCAGCGUGGGAGGGCGUGUCGGAGGAGUGCCGCGCGCUGGUGAGCGGCAUGCUGAGAGUGCGCGCGCUGGUGAGCGGCAUGCUGAGAGUGCGCGCGCAGGAGAGGCUCACCAUGGCGCACGUGUGCCACCACCCCGCCAUGAUCCAAGCCUUCGGGGGCAGCGGCACGCGCAGCAGGGGGAGAUGGUGGUGA